AUGGCCCUGCAAGGCCAGAAGCUGUAUCUUUCCAGGGCCUUCCUGCUCCUGUGCCUCCCAGGCUAUUUCACGUUGAGCAUCCCCAGGGUGUUACAAGGUGCGGUGGGAGGGACGCUGUUGGUGACAUGCCGGUACAGUGCAGGAGAGGAAGGCCACAGGAAGUUCUGGUGCCGAGGGGCCAACUGGAAGGACUGUGUUCGGGUCAUUGAGACGACACAGGCAGAGAAGGAGGUGAGGCACGGCCGAGUGACCCUCAGAGACAGCCCCACAGAGCACCGUUUCCUCGUGACCGUGGAGAACGUGGAGAAGGGAGAUGCGGACACUUACUGGUGUGGGGUAGACAGGCCCACAAGUGGCCCCCAGGACCCGGUGGCAGACCUGGGUUUGCUGGGGAUAGCAGCCUGGGAGACAGGACCAGGUCUGCUCCUUUUCUCUCUUCCAGGUUGUCUGUCUCUGAUGGGCCCCAGUGCUGUGACUGGCACCAUGGGGGACUCUCUGAGUGUGCGGUGUCAGUAUGAGAAGGUGUACGGGUAUAACAAAUACUGGGACCACCCUGAUGACCUCACCUUCACUGUGACCAUGGAGAACCUCAAUGCAGAUGAUCAUGGAUCCUCGAUGAAUGAAAAAGAGGAGAAGAAGGGCAGCAUGACCAUCAGGGACCACCCUGAUGACCUCACCUUUACUGUGACCAUGGAGAACCUCAAUGCAGAUGAUGUGGGACCUUGCUGUUGCAAGAUUCAGACAGCAUGGAUCCUGGAUAAGUGGUCACAUGACCCCUCGUUCCUGGUGAGAGUGUCCCAGUGUAGCAGACUCCACUUCCUGUUCCUCCCGCUCCUGAAGUUGCCCUUGUUCCUGGGCAUGCUUGGCACUAUCUUCUGUGUGAACAGACCUCAGAGGGCUCCUGGGGGAGAUACAGUCUGCCUGACCAGGAGCCCUGCAGUAUCCCCUGCCUCCCCACCCUCAUGCCCACCNAAUGAAAAAGAGGAGAAGAAGGGCAGCAUGACCAUCAGGGACCACCCUGAUGACCUCACCUUCACUGUGACCAUGGAGAACCUCAAUGCAGAUGAUGUGGGACCUUGCUGUUGCAAGAUUCAGACAGCAUGGAUCCUCGAUGAGUGGUCACAUGACCCCUCGUUCCUGGUUGGGGAUUAG